AUGAACGCCAUCCGCACAUUGCAAGCACUAAGAGCUGCUCAGGGAACCAACCUCGCCAACAUCAAGACGUUCCUCAGAAAUGCCAGGAAUGUGGAUACGAAAGAGAAGGAUGCCGAAAUCAAGAUGUACUUAAAGAACGCUUUGGAUCGUGGACAACUGACACGGGAGGCAGGAAAUUAUAAAGUGGCUGCAAAAGCACAAGAGAAGCGCAAUGAAAGACGCAAAAGAAAGUCAGCGAAGUCAUCCCCAAAACGGAAGUCAAGAAAGUUGAUGCAACCCAAAACUGUUAAGAAAGCUGGCACACUAAGAUCCAGAAAAAGAAGAAGUCCCAAAAAGAGUGGCCAAAUGUAA